AUGACGCAGGAUUCUCCAAGCUUGGACGAACUGCAACAAGACACAUCUGAGAGUGCCAAGGAAAACAAUCCUGCACCAACUAGAUAUCGACCUCUUGUACCCAAGGCACAGUCUUUAGCACUAAAGUUUGCAAAAAUGCAACUUUCCAAAAAGGUAAAUAGCAUUUCAGCUCGUCUAGCUCAUGCUGUUCACCCGAAACGCAAUCCCGAGUCUAAAUUCUAUAGGCCUACUUUUCGCUCACGUCGAUUGCCAGAACCCAUCCCGCUACCAUCAAGAGAUUCUAGUACUGCCAGCAGUAGCGCAGAUGCUCACAAAGAGAAGGACCCUGCUGCUACAAGCCGGGAAGAAGCCUCUGCCCCUACAAGCAAGGAAGAAACCUCUGCUCCUACAAGCCGGGAAGAAGCCUCUGCCCCUACAAGCAAGGAAGAAACCUCUGCCUAUACAAGCCGGAAAGAAGUCUCUGCCCCUACAAGCAAGAAAGAAACCUUUGCACCUACAAGCCGGGAAGAAGCCUCUGCCUAUACAAGCCGGGAAGAAGCCUCUGCCCCUACAAGCAAGGAAGAAACCUCUACCUAUACAAGCCGGGAAGAAGCCUCUGCCCCUACAAGCAAGGAAGAAACCUCUGCCCCUACAAGCAAGGAAGAAACCUCUGCCCCUACAAGCAAGGAAGAAACCUCUGCCCCUAAAAGCAAGGAAGAAACCUCUGCCCCUACAAGCAAGCAAGCCCCUGCUGCUACAAGCAAGGAAGAAACCUCUGCCCCUACAAGCAAGGAAGAAGCCUCUGCCCCUACAAGCAAGGAAGAAACCUCUGCCCCUACAUGCAAGGAAGAAACCUCUGCUCCUACACAUUUCAGAAUAGUUUCGGGUGUUAAAAUAAGAAGCUGA